AUGACGCUUGCAUAUUAUCCACCGACGCGUUCCCUGCACUUGCAUCAAUCGCGGACAUUACCACGCCGCUAUGCAUCGCUCCGUCAACUGGGUCAGGCUGCCUGGCAGCUGGCCAUGCGCUUUGGCAAGCGGACAACGAUCCAUGGUCUGGACAAGCUGCUUGCCGCACAUUCCAGUAGCUGGGAGCGCUUCAUCUGGCUGUGCACGUUUGUCUGUGCGUUUUUGGGAGCUGUCUAUGUGUGCCUUAUACUGUCCCAGCGCUACAACGAUGGCAAAUUUCAGACUGUGGUCGAUAGCACGCGUUUUCCGGUUUACCGCAUUGCAUUUCCGGUCAUCACCAUAUGCAAUCACAAUCGCCUCAACUGGCAGCGUUUGGAUCUGGCUAAAUCCCGUUUCAUGGCCAAUGUGAGCGAUGCCGCGCAGCUAAAGUUGUUUGAGCGUAUUAUCAGCAGCUACGAUAGCAUGUCCUUUGCCCACUUUGAGAGCUUUGAGCAGCUGCGUAACGAGCCAACACAGCAGCUGAGCCAUAUUAACUUCAGUCUGGUCGUCGACCUUAUGUCCUGGACCUGUGAUGAAAUGUUGACCGAUUGCAAGUGGCGUCAAUUCCCUCAGAAUUGCUGUGAGAUUUUCUCGAAAAGACGCAGCAAGAACGGCUUGUGCUGGGCCUUUAAUUCUCUGGAAACCGUCGAGGGCAAACGCAUGCAGCUCCUGGAUCCAUUAUGGCCCUGGCGCACCGGCUCUGCUGGUCCUUUGAGCGGCCUAUUUGUGCGUGUGCUCAUGCAACCGGAUAAACACUGGCCGGGUCGACGCAACGAAAAGGGUAUCGAUGUCAUGGUCACAGAACCGUAUGUCUGGCACAAGGAUCCAUUUCACAUACCCGCCGAUACGCAAACUACCCUCGAGAUUGAACCCACAAUUUACUUCUACGAUAAUGAUACACGUUCCGUGAGCUCCGAUCAGCGUGAAUGUGUGUUUGAUGACGAACGCAAUAGCCGCGACUUCAAGUCAUUGCUGGGCUACAUUUAUAUGAUUGAGAAUUGCCAAUCGGAGUGCCAUCAGGAGUACUUGGUGCGCUACUGUAAUUGUACAAUGGAUCUGCUUUUUCCGCCGGGCCAGUAUCGCUCGUGCCGCGCUCCGGACUUGGACUGCCUGGCGAAAAACAAUGAUAAACUGCUCUAUUCGUAUCAGCCGGGAGAGGAACGUUUUGUGCGCAACAAUUAUGAGGGCAUGGUCUGCAAAUGCUUUCGCAACUGUUACUCGCUCAACUACAUCAACGAUGUGCGUCCAUCCUUUCUGCCGCCGGAAGUGCUUGGUAAUUCAUCAUAUGUGGAUCUGGAUGUGCAUUUCCGUUUUGAGACCAUGAUGGUCUAUCGCACCAGUUUGGUAUUUGGCUGGGUCGACUUAAUGGUCAGUUUCGGUGGCAUUGCUGGACUUUUUUUGGGCUGUUCGCUCAUUAGCGGCAUGGAGCUGGCCUAUUUUCUGUGCAUCGAAGUGCCCGCGUUUGGCAUGAGGGAGCUGCGUCAGCGUUUGCGCGCCAGGCGUGGCAUAGACACGGUGGCUGCCACGCCCACAUUGAAUCUGCGUCAGAAUGUGCCCAGUCAGCUGGAGCAAUACAUAAUGCACCUAAAGGUGGAGCAGGCGCCACAGAAGGCAACAGCUCAAUUUCAGAAGUGGCAACGCCAAACGUUUGCCCAUAAACAUGUUAUUAGCAAAUGA